AUGAUUGAUUUAAAAACAUCAAUAGUAAGAGUAUUUAUUUUAAUCAUUUUAAUAGUUUUUAAUAGUAGUCUAAUUGAAUGUCAAUAUGAUUCUAUAAAGGAUAUAGUUGUAUGGCCAACCUCUCAGGGAGGAAAUGGUCAUGGAUAUAAAUUGGUCCAGGCUUAUUCAAUCUCUAUGGCCACUACUCAAUGUGCUACCUUUACAAGUAGUACAUUUAAAUCAUAUCUUGAAACACUUGGAUCAAAACAAGAAUGGGAUUUUAUUUUCAAUUCCAAUUCUAAAAACUUUGCUACUGCUUCCAAUCGUAUCUGGGUAUUUGGGUAUUGUCCAUUCGAACCAGGUGAACCAUCUUUAACCUCUAGAGAGAUAAAUAUUUAUAUUAGAGGUAUUCCAUGGAAUUUAAAUAAUGCCAAGGGUUAUAAUGAUCCAGUUCAACAAGCAAUAUGUGAAUUUCAACCCAUUUCAGAGGUAUAUAUUCCAUCAAUUGGUACAAAUGGAGGAGAAAUUACAAUCAGUAAUUUGACACUAUUCAACCUAGAAACUUUCUAUAUUUCAUUUUUCAAUCCAUCCAAAUUAUUAUCAAAAUCUUGUCAAAUAACUUCAAAACAAAUAUCAUCAGUCACUUGUAUAGUUUCACCUCUUACUGGAUUUCAAAAUGUAAUCAUUCAAGAUGCAAGUGGAAUCAACUCUACUCAUUUUGCAUGGCAACCACCAUUUAUUAAAGCUGUUUAUCCAUCAUUUAAAGAAAAUGGAUUCAUUACAUUGAUUGGUGAAAAUUUGAUCAAUAGAGAUAAAUUAUUUAAUACAACUAUAGAAAAUAAUGGAACUGUAACUCUAUCAUCAUCAACAACAACAACAAAAAAUGAAACCAAUGGUAUUGUCAAUUUUACAACAGGAAUUCAAUUUAUUAGAGAAAUUGAUCAAGAUUUUUUAAUUGUUCAAACUAUUUCAAUGAACAAAGUUGAUUGGAAACAAAUGAAUGAAACAAUAUUUAUUGGAUCAAUUUAUAAUAGAACGACACUAUUGUAUAUCAAUGUUUAUCAAUUUGAAAAUACAAAUAUCUCUUUAUUUGCAGGAGAGGAAUUACAAGUUUCACCAAAUUCAAUCAAAUUUAAAAUUAAAAUUCAGGAUUGGGAAUGGUCAUCACCAAUGAAUACUCUACAAAUUAUUUUUCAUUCAAAAUCAGAUAAAUUAGAAUUUGAUAAAUGUGGUAGAAAAAAGGUUCAAAGUUUGGUAUCUCCUGGUGAUCAAAUUUUAUGGACAAGAGUUUUGGUUGGAAGAUUAUUGUUGAAUUUAACCAUUCUAGAAAAUGAUCCACUUUUUAAACAAAUUGACAAUCAAGGUUUUAAUCUUUUUACAACUUUUAAUAUUCCAAGAUUUCGUAAAUCGGUUGAAUUGGAUCCUGCUUUUAAUGCUCUCAUUGUUGGUGAUGAAAUGUUGGAUAAAAGUCAAUGUGACAGAGAAUGCGAGUGGUCUUUUGAAAAUUGGAAAAUUAUAGUUAUAUUAUUAAACAAGAGUUUUCAAAAUUUAAAUAGAAGAGUUGGUAUGUUAGUUAUUCCUUUUCCAUCAAAUCAAUCUUUUGAUAAAAAGAAGAAUAGACAACAUCAACAAGAAAAUAUUAACAAUGAUGAUAUUAAUAUGAAUCCAGUACAAACUAAAAUUUCAGAAAAAGACUAG